AUGUUCAUGAAUUCUCCGAACGAGUACCACAUCCCGGACGUGCUCGGAACAAGCAAGGAGGGCCCCAUCCGAUCCGCCCCCGCCUACACAAUCACCGGCCGGGCCAAGUCGCGGCUGCCCCAGUGUAUCACCUUUCCCGGGCCUGGCCAUUACGACGCCAAGAUCGAUCCGCUGGUGAAGAAGGCGCCGAUGUUCUCGAUGGCGACCCGCUUCAAGGUGCCGACGGACGAGGCGAUGAAGCCGGGCCCGGCGGCGCACCACCCGGAGAAGGGCUAUUACGUGCACCAUUCCGUUCCCGCCAUUUCCUUCGCGAUUCGCCAUUCACCCUUUAUGGCCCAGAAGAAUCCCCCAUUGACGUUCACCAUUCGAAGAUCGUACUGGGACUGA